UAUCCGGCAACUGUGGUUUUAUUCCCGUUGUUUCUUGCAGCUGCUGUACCUAUCGGAAUCUGCUACGGCCGUGUCGCCAACAACCUUCCACCACCCUCCGCCGCUGUCAAGGUCAUCACUACCAACGGUAUCUUAAGCAUUCGACUAUUCAACCCCAACCCAGAGUCACUCCAAUCGUUUUCCGGCUCCGGAAUCCAACUCACAAUCGGAGUCCCCAACGAAGACCUUCCUUCAAUCGCCACCGGCACCACCACCUCCGCUCAAAACUGGCUUCAAUCCAACAUCUUCAACCAUGUCUCCGCCGAUCAGAUCCGGUACUUAGUCGUCGGAAACGAAGUAUUUCUGAAAGAUCCAUUCUACACACCUUACGUGAUUCCCGCCAUUAUCAACCUUCAUCAAGCUCUACAAUCUCUUAACCUGUCGGAAAAAAUUAAGAUCUCAUCAGCACAAGCAGCUUCAAUUCUAUCAAACUCGUAUCCUCCAUCUUCUUCGUCUUUCGACUCGAAUAUCUUACCCGAUUUGACCCGACUCCUUCAAUUCCUUCACGACAGUUCAUCGCCAUUAAUGGUGAACGUCUAUCCUUACUUUAGUUACAUAAACAAUCAACCAUACGUGUCGUUAGAUUCAGCUUUGUUCAGAUCUACAAAUGCAUUGACGGAUCAGAACCUGAUUUACGAUAACCUGUUUGAUCAAACGGUUGAUUCGUUCAUAUACGCGAUGGAGAGAGAAGGAUAUGAUCGGAUUCCGGUGGUGGUGUCGGAGACAGGGUGGCCGACGGCGGGCGGUGAAGCGGCGAGUGGUGAGAAUGCAAUGGCGUACAAUGGGAAUGUUGUGAAAAGGGGUUUGAAGAACGUUGGAACCCCCAAAAGGCCUGGAAUUGGUGUGGAGGUUUUCUUAUUUGAUUUGUUUGAUGAGAAUGAAAAAGACGGGAAUGAAUUUGAGAAAUAUUUUGGGAUUUUUGGGGUUAAUGGUGUUAAAGCAUAUGAUCUUAAUUUUCAUUAA